AUGAGCGAGCCAGAUGAAGGAGGCAACAGCAGCAGCAGUGAUGGAGGCAAAGAUGGAAACAAGGAUGAUGAUGUGGUACCUUCACCUCCUCCCGCCAAGAAGGAGCGACUGUCCAGGAAGAGGCUAGAGCACCAACCACACUUGACGGUCCUCCUGACAGAAAUCCAGGCUUCAGGUGAGCUGGAGGCACGACUGUGCAGGGAGCUGCAACGCGAGCAGCGUGACGAACGGCACGCCCAUCAGGAGGUGUGGCGUCUGCACCAGCAGUUCCUUGAAGGCGAAGCAGGAGGCGUCGUUGAGGACGAGGCCUCGGCAGAUGUUGGCGUUCCGGCCCGGCCUCUCUCCGCCGCGCUGCGUCUCUACGUGUACGCGCUGCACGGCUGCCUGUGCGAGGUGGUGUUCACGGCCGUGUUGGACUGGUGCAGCAGCCGGGACAGCAGGCUGCCGGGCCACAGCAGUCUGUGGGCGCUGCCGAUGUACGCCACCGCCAUCUACCUCAUGGAGAACUUCAGAUCCCGGCUGCUCGCCCAGAGUCGCCCCCUGCUGGUGCGGCUGACGGCCUACACGCUGUUCAUCUACCUGUGGGAGUUCAGCUGGGGCUCGGCGCUGAGGCUGCUGGGGGCCUGUCCCUGGGAUUACUCGGGUUAUAGGUACAAUGUGGGCAGGCUGGUGACUCUGGAGUACGCGCUGCCCUGGACUGUGGCGGCAUUCAUAGCAGAGCAGCACGUGAUCAGGAACACUCUGAGGAUCAGACUGCACUGCUGACGAGGAACCGCCAUGAUCUGGAC